UGAACCACGCUUUGUUUACUGUCAUUUCACUGCAGGAAGCCGGGACUAAAGCAGGAUUACACCAGGACUAAACCAGAUCUAAACCAGGUCUAAACCAGGACUAAACCAGGUCUAAACCAGGUCUAAACCAGGACUAAACCAGUUCUAAACCAGGACUAAACCAGGACUAAGGGCAGGGCUGCGGUUGUUGAUAAGAAGCUCAGAGUCUGACAGAGGAGAUACUCAGAGAUGACGUCACUUCCCGUUUCUCCACCUGUGCCUAAACCCCGGAGCUGUUAUUCCAGGAACAGUUUUACCUCCGCCUCCCUGGCUGCCGACAGAGAAGAAACAGACUCGAUCCGGACCAGAAGUGAGACCUGGACUGGACCCAGGACCGAGACCAAAGAUGAAGCCCCGCCCCCUGUGCUGUCUCUGGGCGGAGUCAGUGACCUCAUUGCGACUCACAUUCCAUCUUUCUCGGGAUUGGCUCUCUCCAUCAAAGACUCCGCCCCCUCCGCUACCCAGGCCCCUCCCCCUCAGCCCCUCCUCCUUCGGCCCCGCCCCCUCCGCUCCCCAGGCCCCGCCCCCCUCCGCUCAGACAGACAUGUUCGCCGCCUUCUCUGACGUCCGCACCUUAGCCGGGCUCGUUAGUAAUGUGGCUAACGCUAAUGCUCCUAAAGCCACGCCCCCUGCAGAGAAGCCCCUCCCUCCUGCAGAGAAGCCCCUCCCCCCUGCAGGGCCAUUCACACCUGGAGUCACAGAUGUGAACGCUCUGUCGAAUCUGGUGAAGUCGAUGCUGGAGCCAAAGGUCGUGGAGGUCACAGAAGUGUCAGAAGUCUCGUGUCCGAACGACUCGACACAGGCCAAAGUGGAGUUCCUGACCAUGCUCUCCCAUUGGACGAGCAACGAGGAGGCAGAGUCUGAAUCCUCCAAUGAGGAGGAGGAAGCUGCAGCUGUGCCCACGCCUCCAGAACACCUCACCCCCUCUCGCCCGGCCCCGCCCCCUCCCAUUCCCCCCAGCCAAUCAAAGAAGCCCAAAGCACGCAUCCCCAGAGCGGCCACACUGAGGGUCUCGAGGAAGAAGGGCGCUGGGGGUCCUCCGGCUCAGAGCCCGUCUGUGGCUCGCAGCAGUUGGCUCGACGUGUGGAAGGGCAUCAGACACAACGUGGUGUGGGCCACAUUUGAUGGACAAGUCAUGGCUCUGUGGAAAAAACGCAAUGACCGCUUCAGUGAGGUGAUGUUCCACUUGUCAAAUGUCACAAACAUAAAGUGUCAGGACAAAGGACGCUUCUCCGUUUACCUUGGAAAGAAACACUACGACUUCAUGGCCCACAAUGACGAUGUGAAGGAGGGCUGGGUCUCUUCUCUCCAAAUGGCUCGAGGCUGUCCUAGUCCCGCCCCCCCUCAGCAUCAUGGGCCAAUCACAUUGAAGGAGCCACGCAGUCGGGCGUACGCCGCUGUGCAGGGCGCUGAGCUUUGGGUGUAUCCGAAUAAGGACAGUUUUGCGGUGGGCGUGGCUUCGUUUGCUGUGCAGCUGAUCGUGGCAUCGGUGAAAAAGAGCGGGAAACAUUUGUUCAGCCUCAUCACGCCGUUCAAGAACUUCAGCGUCUCCGUCGAUUCGUCCAAAGAGCUCUCCGUCUGGAUGGACACUCUCUCCUCCAGCAUCAGCAGUUCCCUGGGCAGCAGCCAGGUGGCGCUGCGUCUCUGGGACCAGAAUCCCAGCACCAAACUGUGUGCUGACUGCGGAGCGGCGAAUCCAGAGUGGGCGUCGGCCAAUCUGCUGCUCGUGCUUUGCCACACCUGCGCAGGAGUCCACAGGUCUUUGGGAAAAGUCUCCAAAGUCAAGAGUCUGACAAUGGACAACAAAGUGUGGACAGAGGCGCUCAUCCAGCUUUUCGUUUCCCUUGGAAACCAAACAGCCAAUCAGAUCUGGGCUCCUGUCGUACCGGCAACAGAACAGCUGAGCCCUGAUUCAUCAGAUGAAGCGAGGUCAAAGUUCAUCCAUGACAAAUAUGCCAAGGGACGAUACAGACGUCUGCACGCCCUGUCCUCCAGCCAGGACCUGAUGGACCAGAGGCUCAGGGAGGUGGUGUGUGGAGACGACGUGGAUGAAACUCUGUCUCUGAUCUGCUCUGGAGCAAAGGUGACCCAGACCGAUCUGCUCAGCCCCGCUCCCAUUCACCUGGCGGAGAGGGCGGGGCAAGCCCUGCAGGUGGAGCUGCUGCGACUCAAUGAGUUCACAGAAGUCCCGCCUCCACAUCCGCUCAAGGCCGAUGACAGCACAAGCUCCGCCUCCUCAGGUGAGGAGGAGGAGGAGCUUCACGGGAAACUAGAGGACGACCGCUUCCUGUUUUCUCUGGAGAACGAUUCUGCAGCGUACGACGUGUUGGACCUGAGAGAAGUGCACGCCGUGUUUCUGCACAGCGGGAACUCUCCUCAGUUCCAGAUCCACACUCUGAAUGGAACUCUGGUCUGUGCAGCCGACUCCACACAAGAACUGCUCUCACACUACUACCACAUCCUCAAGGUGAUCCUGCCCUCAGGUGUGUCUGAUGCAGAGGUGGGCGGGGCCUUGGCUGUCAGUAAAGUCUGUGUGGUGGAGAUGGGCGUCCGCAGCAGCCAAUCAGACGCCUGGAUCCUGCUGUGGGUGGGCGGAGUCAGUCUUCACCAAAAACAGAGCUGCCUCCAACUGCAUCCAAUCACACGCCACGAGAUGGAUCCAUCUGAAAACACUGUGACGCUGGACACCAGAGACAGGAGUAUGUCGUUCCGAUUCGAGGACAAUUUGAGCUGCUCUUCCUGGUUCAGCCAUCUGUGCUCCGCCUUCAAUGCUCAGCAAGCCAAUCAGAGCCCAGCAGUUAAACCAGGAACCAAUCCAAUCGCAGCUCCAUACCCAGCAGCCAAUCAGAAUGCAGGAUCAUCUCCACGAGCCAAUCAGAGUGGAGGGCUGUACCCAGUGAAGUCAGUGAAGGGAAGAGUUCCUGUUUCAAUCGAACGCUGCAUUUCUCACAUCACAGCUCACGGUCUGAAGGUUGAGGGCGUGUACCGCCGUAGUGGUCUGACAAACAAAGUGAACCGAUUGGUGGAGGCACUGAUGAGGUCACCAGGCUCCGCCCCUCUGGAGAGCGAUGAGCAAGGCGUCUUGGAUGCAGCCACCGCCCUCAAACGCAUCGUACGACAAAUGACAGGACUGGUCCCUGAACACCACAUGCCACAGUGGAGCCAAGCUGCAGUGAUCUCAAACGAACGCGCCCGAUUCGCCGCCUACAAACAGUUACUACGAGAUCUGCCCGACGACAACAGAGCCACUCUCAAUGCACUGUUUGCACACUUCUACAUGAUCCAGGUGUUCUCGCAGGUGAACCUGAUGUCUGCUCAUAAUCUGGCGUUAGUCCUGAUCCCGACCCUGUUCCAAACCCUGAACCAGGAUUUGGUCCGACUGCUGCGAGAGUUCAUUAUCCACCACACUCUGCUCUUCCUGACUGGGGUGGACGAGGACCAGAUCACUUUUCUUUGAGGAUGUUUUAUUUUGACCUUUUUUUUUAACAUAAAUGUUUUAGUGCUGGAUUUGGUGACAGUUGUAUUCAUAAACCUCCAAAUAAAAUGCUUUUUACAUUA